ACGUAGCAAUAUAAUAUAUGUAAUUCGUAGUAUUUUUUUAUUUUCAGGAUCUGGAAUGCAAACGAUUGCUUAUUUGCUUUCGGGUUGAACGCAAGCUUUGACAACGAAUCCCCCUGCGUAGACUCAAACCAAACGAGGAUCAUCUGCCGUCAAUAGCUAGUUAACGUUAGCUAGCUCGCCCGGCAUUAUAUUCUCACGACCUGUAAAAGUCGUGAGAACAUUAUUCCGCUAAUUUUACUGAAAUUGUGUUAAUUAGCCAAGAUGGGGAACAUGUUUGCAGGCCUGUUUAAGAAUCUCUUUGGUAAAAAAGAGAUGCGGAUUCUGAUGGUGGGGCUGGAUGCUGCCGGCAAGACCACCAUCCUGUACAAGCUCAAACUGGGAGAGAUCGUCACCACAAUCCCUACCAUCGGUUUUAACGUUGAGACGGUAGAAUACAAGAACAUCAGCUUCACAGUGUGGGAUGUGGGCGGUCAGGACAAGAUCAGGCCUCUGUGGCGGCACUACUUCCAGAACACCCAAGGUCUGAUCUUUGUGGUGGACAGUAACGAUAGGGAGAGAGUGAACGAGGCGCGGGAGGAGCUGACAAGGAUGCUGGCUGAGGACGAGCUGAGAGACGCUGUGCUGCUUGUGUUCGCUAACAAACAGGACCUCCCCAACGCUAUGAACGCAGCGGAGAUCACAGACAAGCUGGGCCUGCACUCCCUGCGCCAGCGUAACUGGUACAUCCAGGCCACCUGCGCUACCAGUGGGGACGGGCUCUACGAGGGCCUCGACUGGCUCUCCAACCAGCUAAAGAACGCAAAAUGAUCCACCAUUCCGCCGUCUGUCUGCGUCUUUGUCUGCGCAGUGUGUUAUGGGCGACAGCGCUGGUCCCAGCCCCUCUCUCCUCCCGUCUCUCUCACUCCAUCCCCUCCAACCAUUGGGGCUUUGACCAGUGAUACCCCACAUACGCGUGUGUGUGAGAGUGCAAGUGUUUGUGUGGAUCUUAAUGUGUAUGUAUGUGUGGGUGCAUGUGUGUGAGCCGGGAGUGGGAGCAGCCCUGCUGUGCCUUCAACAGUCUCACUCACCCAUGGAAAUGACAGCAUGGCUAACUCUAGCGCCCCCCCAUCCCUCCCCUCCUGACCCACCGUCAGUGGCUCCUAAGACACCCUGGUUUUCACAAGGCAAAGAAAGACCCAGGAUGCUAAGUCUUAUGUGUAAUCUGCAAAAUGAAUAAAGUUUAUAGAUUAAAAAAACAACUUUGAUUUUCCAUCCACUAGUAUUGCGAUCUGUCAGACACUCUUGUUAAACUGUUGGUUUGAGACCCCAUACCAUGAAAUACAUCUCAAUGUAACCUGUAUCAGGUUGGAAAAAAGACAAAUAAAAAUAGCUUUUCCAUCCUAGAUCCUUCUUUGCAUUCUUUGGAAAAUCAUGUUGUUCUAGUAUGCCCAACCGUAUUGUUCUGGCUGUCUUGGGAACACUAGCUAAUCAAUUAUUAGCUAGCUUUCAGUCUCUGUCCUAACCCUCAAAUCUCCAUUGAAGCACAACAAAUGAGUGAUCUCACACAGCCACUCGCCCACUCGUUUUUGUUGUUGAGCGAAGCCGCCUUAGCCUGAAUGAUGACGGUGGUGCUUGAGAAGACCUGCAGGACUUUAGGGUCAGCUGUUUGGUAGGCAUUACUGACUGAAAUGAGUUGUUACUAUUGUUUUUGAUUUAUUAGAAUGUAGCAAGACAUGUCUUGUCUGGAAAUAAGUUGUUCCAAAAGGUAACCGUGGUAACCAGCUGCUGACCCUGCUGCCCUCUAGGAUCACAAGUGAUGGCCUCUUUAUCACGCUGCAUCUUUAUUGGUGGCUAACAUCAAGUGAUAUGUUCCUUUCACAGGGCCUUGUGAGAUCAUUGAUAAUGUUUUGAUUGAGUGAACAAUCCUUACCGCCGGGUAUGGAAAACGCAAUAAACUGUGUUGUCUAGUACUACACUAUACUACCUAUGCUAGGCAGAGGGUCAGUGUAGUUGAGUGUAGCUAGCUACAGCUCUGUGAGUACAUUGGGUGAGUGUACAUGGGAUUAGUUGGGUGUUUUCAGCACCGUUCCUGUCCACUGGAACAGCGAGGCCUUUUGAGAGUUGCUCCCACUCUGGCUUUCUCCUCAUUACAUUUUCUGUUGUCUACUUUUUUCCUUUUUAUUAUUUUAUUUACAUUUGUUCUUUUUUGUACAGAUGACCUGGUUCCCUUGGUCUAGCAUGAGCUGAGGAGCCAGGUGUGCAGUAUUUCAAUCAAAAUGCUUUAAGAUUCUUUGGGUUUGACUUAUGAAGGGCUGGUUGUGUUUGGGUUAGCUUUUAGGAUGUUUGCUGCAGAGUUGGGCUUUCCUGCAGGGCAUGGGGUGGGCCUGAUGGGUCACUUCCAGCAGAUGAGGUUGGUGGGAGGAGCUGUAGGAGGAUGGGCUCAUUGUAAUGACUGGAAUGACAUAAUUGUCAAAUGUGGUUCCGAUAUGUUUGAUACCGUUCCAUUGAUUCCAUUCCAGACAUUACAUUAAGCCCCUCCUUUAGGUCCUUCCUUCAGCCGCCACGGACUUUCAGCUGCACUAACACGGCACUCUUCUCCAAUUCCUCAUAGUGCUGUGUUGUUAUCAAGCUCUCAUGGCAUUCAAUGCGUUACGCUUCAGCCUACAAUCCAAACUCUGAAUUGUUAACACACACCCUAUGCGGGGCUAUCUAGGUUGUUUGCUCUAUAUGUGUCGUCAGGGUUAGUUAUCCCGGUUCUUCUGCACAGGUAGAGUCACAUAUUCCCCUUUGCUCCAUGUGAAACAUGACCAGCUUACAGUAUAAUACAAUAGUACUGUAACUAGACCAUGGAAGGUUGCCUCAUCAACCUCUUUACAACAAGCAGCGGGGGGAAAGCUUGAGCUUUCUGCUCACCUCAGCAGUGCUCUCAGUGACAACUCUCUCCCAUCAGCAUCGCCAUAGCAACUACACCAGCAGACAGUCACCAUGUGCAAUUUAAGCCGCGGCUGUUCUUCACAUCAACACACAGCUUCAAAAUGUAUACCAUAACUGACAAAAUGGUUUUCUGUACAUCCCAUGUAUUCCAAAGGCUACUGCGAAUGUAGUUGAGAAACCCUUAGUACACUGUACUGUACACACCCCCUGCUGAUUGAAGAUGACCCUAAGGCCCCAGCCCCACACUGACCUCUUGAGGGUAGGACUGACCUUUACCCUUGUAUCUGUGUACAACUGGACAAUUAGAUCUCUUUUUUUCUGUUAUGAAUUGUUCCAGAAAAUGGUUUCAACAAAUGAAUAACUCUAAUCUAAUUUUUGGCCUUUUCUUUUGUAAUGAUAUUGUAGAGUUUAGUGCUGAAAGAAAACCCAUUGAAUUGAAUGAUGAGCGUCACUUCCGGCAUAUGGCAGGUAAUUAAAGUGUAUAUGAACUUCUGGAUGAACAUUUAUUUUAACUUGACAGUUUCAUUUAGCUACCCUUGUUCAGAUGUGAAGCUUUCAUUUUCAGAUCAUUUUCUGUACAAAUGACACAAGGUGUGUGUGCAUAUGUAUUUUCUUUUAAUUAAGGAUUUCCCUUUGUUUUUAGCUUUUUUUUUAACCCAUCUUGUAACAUCUGAGAAAUGCACUAUAAUAAAGAGAUCUCUAUUACAAA